AUGGACUAAUAAAUUUGGUUAGAAAAAUAUCGUCCUAAAACAUUAGAAGAUAUUUAAGGUAACGAAGAUGCAUUAAUUAAACUUCGUACAAUUUCUAAAGAAGGCAACAUACCUAAUAUGAUUUUAGUUGGCCCACCUGGCAUUGGAAAAACAAGUUCAGUACUCUGCUUAGCUAAAACACUAUUAGGAGAUUUAAUCUCUUCAUGUUGUUUAGAAUUAAACGCCUCAGACGAGAGAGGGAUAGAUGUAGUUCGUGACAAAAUAAAGAGUUUUGCUCAAAAAAAGGCUAAUUUAAGGCCCGGAUUACAUAAAAUAAUUAUUCUCGAUGAAGCAGAUUCUCUUACUGAAGGCGCUUAGUAAGCACUUCGAAUGAUUAUUAGUGAUUAUGCAGACACUACCCGCUUUAUGUUAAGUUGUAACGACAGUUCUAAGCUAAUAGAUGCUAUAUAGAGUCGAUGUGCAAUUUUAAGAUUUACAAAAUUAAACGAUGCUUAAGUUCUUAAUAGAAUUCAAGAAAUAAUAAAAUUAGAAAAUAUCCCGUUCGACAAAAGUGGUCUUGAAGCUCUUUUAUUCACAACAGAAGGGGACAUGAGAUAAGCUAUAAAUAAUUUAUAGGCUACUUUUACUGCUUUUGGGUUUUUAAAUAGAGAAAAUGUAUUUAAAGUAUGUGAUGUGCCGAAUAUAGAAAUGUUAUAAUAGGCUCUUUUGGAAUGUUCUAAUGGAAACUUUCAUUCAGCAUAAUUGAAAGUUUAUCCUUUGUGGGAAGAAGGCUAUACUGCGUACGAUUUAGUUAAUAAUUUGUAUAAAUUAGUAUUUAAUUUGCCUAUUGAGAAGAAUCUUUAGUAUGAAUUUUUGAGAGAAAUGGCUUUUCUAAAAAUGAAGGUUUUAGAAGGUUUACCUACUUUUGUUUAGAUUUCAGGAUAUUUAGCGAAAAUUAGUCAAAUUGCGAAUAAUAUGAAAAAUAAAUGA